GUCGACGUGACGCGUUAAAACGCGCGCUUCGUACAGUUUUUUAGUUAGUCCUCGAGUGUGGUUCAAGUCAAGAUGUUGUCCGUACCAAGGAAUAAGGCUCUCCCAAUCGUAAAUGCUUUACGCAGAUAUUCCUCGAACGUAGCGCCGACUACGAAACUCUUCAUCAACGGAGAAUUCAAAGACUCAAAGGCCACACAAUGGGUGGAUCUGCACAACCCGGCCACCAACGAGGUCGUAACCAAGGUGCCGGUGUCCACUCAGGCUGAGAUGGAAUCCGCGGUGGAGUCCUGCAAGGAAGCUUACAAGACCUGGAAGCAGACCUCCGUCCUCACCAGGCAGCAGCUUAUGCUCAAGUUGCAAGCCGUGAUCAGGAGGGACAUCAAGAAGAUCGCUGCUAACAUCACCACCGAGCAAGGCAAAACCUUGGCCGAUGCCGAAGGAGACGUCAUGAGGGGAUUGCAGGUGGUCGAACACGCUUGCUCUGCCGGUACCUUGCUCCAAGGUGAAUCUCUGCAGAACAUCGCCAGGGACAUGGACAUCGUCUCGUACAAGCUUCCUCUUGGUGUCACCGCUGGUAUCUGCCCAUUCAACUUCCCAGCUAUGAUCCCACUUUGGAUGUUCCCAAUGGCUUUGAUUGCCGGUAACACGAUGGUCGUCAAACCUUCCGAACGUGAUCCAGGUGCGACCAUGAUGCUCAUGGAACUCAUGCAAGAAGUUGGAUGCCCACCAGGCGUUGUCAAUGUAAUUCACGGUACCCACGAUUCCGUAAACUUCAUCUGCGACAACAAAGACAUCAAGGCUAUCAGUUUCGUCGGCUCUGAUAGGGCUGGACAACACAUCUACGAAAGGGGAGCUGCCAACGGAAAGCGUAUCCAAUCCAACUUGGGAGCUAAGAACCACGCAGUCGUUCUUCCCGAUGCCAACAAGGAAGCCACCAUUGAGCAAUUGGCCGGUGCCGCCUUCGGAGCUGCCGGACAAAGAUGCAUGGCUUUGAGCGUGGCCAUCCUCGUCGGAGAGGCCAGGGACUGGAUCCCAGACAUCGCCGCCAGGGCCAAGCAAUUGAAGGUCAACGCCGGUCACGAGCCAGGAACGGAUGUAGGCCCAGUGAUCUCCCCGCAAGCCAAGCAGAGGAUCCACGACCUCAUCGAAGCCGGCAUCAAGCAGGGAGCUAAGUGCGUCCUCGACGGCCGUAACGUCAAGGUCGACAAAUACCCGAACGGCAACUUCGUCGGACCAACCCUCAUCACCGAAGUCCAAACCCACCACGAAUGCUACAAGGAGGAGAUCUUCGGCCCGGUCCUCUGCGUCAUGACCGCCGACACCCUCGAGCAAGCCAUGGAAAUCGUCAACGCUAAUCCCUAUGGCAACGGUACUGCCAUCUUCACCAGCAACGGAUCCCACGCCCGUCAAUUCGUCAACGAGAUCGACGUCGGUCAAGUUGGCGUGAACGUGCCCAUCCCCGUGCCACUCCCGAUGUUCAGCUUCACCGGAUCCAGGGGAAGCUUCUUGGGCGACCAACACUUCUACGGCAAGCAAGGCCUCAACUUCUACACUCAAACCAAGACCAUCACAUCGUUGUGGCGCAAGGGCAAGGCGGAAGCUAAGCCAUCCGUGUCCAUGCCUGUGCACAACUAAAUUAUGAUCAAAAUGAAUAAAACAAAACCAAUUACCAAUUCUUUAAGCGCGAUAGCAGUUCCUU